GUCCAUCUCGAUAACCUUAUUUUUCAUCACCGUCUCAUCACAGCGAGGAACGACCCCCGAUAUCGACAAAAAUGCCUUCCCAAAAGUCCUUCAGAACGAAGCGUAUCCUCGCCAAGGCCGGCCGUCAGAACAGGCCCAUCCCUCAGUGGUUCCGUCUAAAGACGGACACUAAGAUCCAAUACAACGCAAAACGCCGUCACUGGAGGCGCACGAAGCUCAACAUCUGAGCAGCCUUCUUUCUCUUUCUCGAUGUUUUUGGAGCUGUGAAGUCGGGUGGGGGAGGCAGAGACAACACAGCGAGGCGCACCAGCACACCAAUGCAAUGCAGCAUGUAUCACCGCUUAAUGGCAUAUUAUGGCUAUACAACAACCUUCUCCGCAUGCAACUAUGAUCUUUCUUUCUUUCUCCUUGAG